UAUCAAUGAUGCAUUCAGGUGUACAGCAGAUCCCAAAUGUAUUCCGUGGCAUUGAGUAUGCGACACUAUUCCGAAUUGCAUUGAUGGUGCAGAUGAAAUGCACUGUCAUGAUUGUAAAAAUAAUGCAUUCAUGUGUUCAGGAGAUGCCAAAUGUAUUCCGUGGUUUUUGGUAUGCGACUCACAUCCGGACUGCAGUGAUGGUGAAGAUGAAAUCGGAUGUCCGAAUGGACCACUUCUACAAAAAAAAAGCCCUUGAACAAAGGAUGAAGAAAGAUAAGGGUACAGUGCACACAGAAGCCCGCGACAAUAAAGGUAUUGGUGCAAAUAGGCAAUUUCUGAGACGAGGCAAAUCUCAUUUCAAUGACAACUUGAGGAAUUAUCUUUUACGCAGUAAGACUGAUGACAGAUAAACGAACAUAAUA